AUGUGCCAAUACGAGAACAUCCACUACGGCUGCGGUCACGCCGCCCGUCGUCUGAUCAAGCACUGCCACUUCGCCCGCAACGAUCCCAAUCAUCAAUGCUUCGGCGCCUGGUCCGUCAAGAGAGAGUGGUCGAAUCCUACAGAGUAUUGCCGCAACUGCGCGUACUAUGCUAGACAGAGGGCUUUUGGUCAUGCUCGCUAA